AUGGGGCAUUCAAUAACAUGGGAAUAUAGUGAGGAGUCCGAGGCCGAGGAGAUGGCCGCCCGCUGCACCUACUGCGGGCGUUUCUGCAACAAAAGGGCCAUUCAUGGCAAGACAGGUCUCUGCUACCCGUGCAGAGAGACCCUCCGCAAGGAGGGUGAUAAAAGAGCCCUGGAAACGGACUCUGAUACUGAGAGUGCUUCCUCCGGCCGCGGGGCCGAGGAGAGCGAGCCCGUAAAGGGCCAUCCUGCUGCCAUAACCGAGGCAGAGGAUGACUCUCAGUCAGUCAAGUCAGAGGAAGGGACCGCUCGCAGUAAUGUCUGCUCGAGAUGCUGGGCCACAGAGGCGACGGGGACGCUCUACAACUCUCCAGUCUGUGACGACUGUUACCACCUCGCACAGGCCAAUCGCAAGCGAUUCCAGCCACCGAACCCGCAUCUACAGGCAGGUAAACGGUUGACAAGGGUCUGCGAUUCCUGCCGUCAGAAGAGAAAACGCUGCGAGCACCGCCGAGUCGUCGAUGCCACUGAUCCGGAAGCGCACUGCCGUAAGAGAGGGAGAAAGAGAAAAUGUGAAGAGAUCAGUGAGGAUAAGAAAGAAAGCGACAACAGCAAGGACCCCACAAGCAGGGAGGAAGAACAAGCAGAAAUUAUUGUUGUUGAUGAUCCUGCAGAAGAACCUGGCUGUUCCGAUGAGAACAUGAAUCACGCCAUCAAGGAGUCUCUUGACACCGUAUACAAGAGGGAACUGCUGAAACUCGAGGCCAUAGCGGACGAGAAGGUCAAUGAAGCCAACCGGGCCUUGGAUGCCGUCCGUAACCAUCUACACCACUGGCUCGAACAUGUCAGAAAUGGAAACUCUCUCGGCAAUCAACAACUACCAGAGCAGCAACAGGAGAAACCGGAGCAAUUGGAGCACCAAACACAACCACCACAGCCAGCGGCUCAAGAAGAGUGUGUUUGA